AUGGAAGUCCUUGGAACGGAGGUGGAACCUCUGUUGAUGCUGUCUUCGGCCCUCUUGGUGUACGGCCUCUUUCUCCUUUGGAGGUUGUUCGAGCAGCGGAGGAACCAGAACUGCUACCUCAUCGAGUACGCUUGCUUCAAGCCCCCCGAUUACAGGAAGCUACCGACCAACAUGUGCGGGGACAUCAUCCUAAGGAACAAGAACCUGGGCCUCUCUGAGCUCAGGUUCCUCCUCAAAGUUAUCGUCAACUCCGGAAUCGGCGAGGAGACCUACGGCCCGACGACCGUCAUCGAGGGGCGGGAGGCGUCUGUCACCCACAACGACGCACUGUCCGAGAUGGAAGAGUGCUUCGUGGGCACCCUCGACGAGCUCUUCCGCAAGACCGGGGUGUCUCCUAGAGAGAUCGAUACCCUGGUGGUCAACGUCUCCAUGCUGGCCCCUUCCCCUUCCCUCGCAGCCAUGAUCGUCAACCACUACAAGAUGAGGGAGGACAUCAAGGUGUUCAACAUCUCCGGCAUGGGGUGCAGCGCCAGCCUCGUCUCCAUCGAUCUCGUACAGCACAUGUUCAAGUCCAACAGGAAGAUGAAGGCCGUGGUAGUCACUUCGGAGUCCAUCGCCCCCUGCUGGUACCCCGGCUGUGACAAGUCCAUGUUGCUGGGAAACUGCCUCUUCCGGUGUGGAGGCUGCUCCAUCCUCCUCACCAACGACUGUAGUUACCGGCACCGCGCCAAGUUCAUCCUGAAGUGCCUCGUGCGCACCCACCUCGGCGCCAACGACGAGGCCUUCAACUGCUGCAUGCAGCGAGAGGACGACACCGGCACGCUCGGGUUCCACCUCGGCAAAAACCUCCCCAAGGCAGCCACCAGGGCCUUCUUUGAGAACCUGCGGAUGUUAGCCCCCAGGAUCCUCCCUCUGAGAGAGAUCUUCCUCUUCUCGGUCCGCAAAUACCUCCAGAAGCUCAAGGGAUCCAAGGACGUCCAAGCAGAGGGCACGCCACGGGUGAACUUCAAGGCCGGAGUGGACCACUUCUGCAUCCACACCGGCGGAGCCGCCGUCAUCGAGGGCAUCGGGAGGAGUAUGGGGUUGAACCAGUACGACCUCGAGCCGGCCUGGAUGACUCUGCACCGGUUCGGCAAUACCUCCGCCGGCAGCCUCUGGUACGUCCUGGGUUACAUGGAAGGUAAGAGGAGGCUGAAGAAGAAAGACCGGGUGAUGAUGCUCAGCUUUGGCGCCGGCUUCAAGUGCAACAGCUGCAUGUGGGAGGUGAACAGAGAUUUGGAAAACCCCGGGGUCUGGGAAGACUGCAUCGACAAAUACCCUCUGCAGGACUUGACCAACCCUUUCAUGGAGAUGUAUGGCUGGAUCCACGACGAGGAAGCAAUCGUCAACUACGUCAAGGAGCACCCCGAGUAUGCCGACAUUGCAGCCAAGAGGGCCCCGGCUACGGCCCGGUCCUCGUAA